AUGGGCAAGAAGGGCGGCACGUCGUGGCUCACCGCUGUCAAGCGCGCCUUCCGCUCGCCGUCUAAGGACGACAGCAGCAGCCCCACCAGGAAGGCGUCGCGCCUCCGCGAGGACGCCGACGGAGACGACGACAAGGGGAAGCGGGAGCAGCGGCGGAGAUGGCUGUUCCGGCGGUCCUCAUCCCCGUCCCCAUCACCAGCACCGGCUCCCGCGCCAACGGCGCCAGACCACGCCCACCCGCACCCGCACCCGCACCCGCACCCGCGGCCCGCGGCCGUGACGGAGGAGCAGCGGCACGCCAUCGCGCUGGCCGUGGCGACGGCGGCGACGGCCGAGGCGGCGGUGGCCACAGCACAAGCAGCUGCGGAGGUGGUCCGCCUCACGCGCCCCGGCGCCGUCCCCGUCCCCGCCGGCAGCUUCGUGCGUCGCGAGCACUACGCCGCCGUCGUCAUCCAGACCGCGUUCCGGGGCUACCUCGCCCGCCGCGCGUUGCGGGCGCUCAAGGGCCUCGUCAAGCUGCAGGCGCUGGUGCGCGGGCACAACGUCCGGAAGCAGGCCAACAUGACGCUCCGGUGCAUGCAGGCGCUGGUGCGCGUCCAGGCCCGCGUCCGCGACCAGCGGAUGCGCCUCUCCCAGGACUCCAUGCUCUCCAUGUCCAUGUCCGGCGCCGCCGCUGGUGGUGGCGGCGCCGCGCCGUGCGGCAGCAGCAAGUCGUCGUACAGCGUCGAUACGUCCACGUUCUGGGACUCCAAGUACGCCCACGACUACGCCGACCGCCGCUCCGUUGAGCGGUCGCGCGACGGCAGCAGCUUCGCCGCCGACGAUUGGGACGACCGGCCGCGGACGAUUGAGGAGAUCCAGGCCAUGCUGCAGACGAGGAAGGACGCGGCGCUCAAGCGUGAGAGAGCGCUCUCCUACGCCUUCUCGCACCAAAUCUGGAGGAACCCGGCGGCGUCGGCGGAGGAGAUGGACGUGGACGGGCAGCCGCGGUGGGCGGAGCGUUGGAUGGCGUCGCGCGCGUCGUUCGACACGAGCCGCAGCAGCAUCCGCGGGGGCGGGGCCGGCGCGGCGGCACCCGGGCGCGCGUCCAUGGACCAGCGCGAGCCGGUGAAGACGCUGGAGAUGGACACGGCGCGGCCCUUCUCGUACUCGACGCCGCGGCGGGGUUCGUCCUCGCCGAUGCACCGCGCGCAGCAUUCGCAGCAGCAGCACCCGGCGGUGGCGACGCCGUCGCCCGUGAAGGCGCGGCCGCCGAUCCAGGUGCGGUCGGCGAGCCCGCGCGUGGACCACCACCACCACCGCGGGUCUGGCGGCGGAGGGAGCUACACGCCCAGCCUGCUCCACUCGCAGCGGCACGCGUCGGCGGUGCCGAACUACAUGGCGGCGACGGAGUCGGCCAAGGCGCGGGUGCGGUCGCAGAGCGCGCCGCGGCAGCGGCCCGCAACGCCGGAGCGGGACCGCGUCGGCAGUGGCGGCGGGCCGGCGGCGGCGAGCGGCGCGAAGAAGCGGCUGUCGUUCCCUGCGCAGCUGAUGCAGGGGCAGGCGGCGGCGGAGUACGCGCAGAGCCUGCGGAGCCCGAGCUUCAAGAGCGCGGCGGGGCGGUUCUCGUCGGAGCAGCGGUCGACGGUGUCGUCGUGCGCGGACAGCCUCAACGGCGGGGACGUGGUGGUGUCGCCGUCGUCCACCACUGACCUCCGCCGCUGGCUCCGCUGA